GUUCCUUUACAUAUAUCUCAAGGAUAUGGAUAUUUCUGUUGCAUUUGUUCAAGCAACUCCAGCUUCCAAGUUUCCUCAAUGCAAAUCGGACUAUUAUGAGUUUAAAUACCUGCUUACUCCUCAUGAGAGAAAUCUCAGAAUGAAAGUCAGAGAUUGCAUGGAGAAAGGAGUAGCGCCAAUAAUGGCAAAGUACUGGAAAAAGGCCGAGUUUCUCUUAGAAAUAAUUCCAAAACUUGGUGCUUUACGCAUGGCUGGUGGCACCAUCAAGGGUUAUGGCUGUCCUGGACUCUCUUUAAUAGCGAGUGUUGUUGCUGUAGUAGAAGUUGCUAGAGUUGAUGUCAGUUGCUCAACUAUUAUUUUGUUUCAUUCUUCUUUAGCUAUGCUAACGAUAGCACUUUACGGGUCAGAGAUACAAAAGCAGAAGUAUUUACCAACAUUGGCCACGCUGAAUACUAUAUCAUGUUGGGCACUUACAGAACCGGACUAUGGGAGUGGUGCAAGUUCUUUGAAAACAGUUGCAACAGAGGUUGAAGGAGGUUGGGUCAUAGAAGGUCAAAAGCGUUGGAUAGGAAACAGUACAUUUGCAGAUGUACUCAUAAUUUUUGCUAGAAAUGCUGCUACAAACCAAAUAAAUGGAUUUAUAAUAAAGAAAGACGCACCUGGAUUGCAAGCCAAUAAAAUAGAGAGUAAGAUUGGCCUGAGGAUGGUUCAAAAUGGAGAUAUCCUCCUAAAUAAAGUUUUUGUGCCAUAUGAGGACAGAUUACCUGAAGUUAAUUCUUUUCAGGAUACAAAUAAGGUUCUUGCUGUUUC